AGUGAUCCAUUGAUUGAAACGAGUGUAUGGUAUGGGCACUGCAAAUAGUCUCAUGAUGACACUUUUUUAUCAUGCUGUCACUAUAUAGUCAGUUCUCUCAUAUACUGUUUUUCUUGAACUUAAACAACAGGGGACAUUGCGAAAUAUUUGUAUCGAAGCAAGCACAGGCAGAAUUGUGGGAGUAGUGAAAAUACCGAACUAUUCCAUGGAAUCUGAUGAAUCCGUUUGCCUACGGAAAUCAAAUAUUACGGGGAAAUCCAAUAAUAUGAAAAGGAAAACGAAACUACAGAGGAAUACACUAAAGUUACAAGACACCACUUUCGGCUUAUGUUUUUAUUUACACAAUACCACCUAAACACAGAGACUGAUAAGGACUUCCUCUUCUACUUCCUAGCUCGUGAGUGGGAACUACAGUCGGUAGGCUCUUCAGUGCGCGUUAGAGUUGACAGCAGUCGGACGCAAGAAUGGAGUAGCGCAUUCGGAGGGGAUCCUACCCUGCGUUAUUUAUUACAAAGAAUCAGCUCAUAUUGGAAUUUCAGUUGCCUAAUGAAUCAUCACCGUUCCAUUUCAGAACCCAGCAGAAGCUAGAAUAUUAAAAUGGAUUACAAAUAUGCCAAUGCUGGAAUAGAACUCCUGCUGGCUCACAUGAACAUAGAGGAUAUCAUUGGCGCUGUUGAGAAUCUCUAUCACACCAAGGAGGAAGAGGCUGGGGCAUUGUGUGAAGAAGGUCUCUCUCAGGAGGAGAUGGAUGAGAACGAGGAGACUGUGGAUGAUUCGGGGGACGAAGUGACAGGGGUGACAGGAGGGACCCAGGGCACACAGCAGGGGAACGGUGGUGGUAUGGUCAGGUACGGGACGGCGUCGGACUUGCUCUCCUUCGUCAACCUGAUCUCUAACAUGCAACCAGAGGCACUGCAGCACCAGCCUGAGGAGAUGGGUGUGUUACUGAACAAGAAACACAUGGUGCUGAAGAAGGGACGCUAUCGCAUCGAUUUGGAUGUACUUCUGUUUCCAUGGAUGUGGACCUACAAGACUCCAGGCUCCGGCGGCCAUGUUCCAAAGGGCUCAUUUGGGAAAGUCCACUUGGCCCAGGAUACCGUUACCAGGAAGCGAAUGGCAUGCAAACUGAUCCCCAUGGAGCAUUUCAAACCAGCUGAUGUGGAGAUCCAGGCCCGGUUCCGUCACGAGAACAUUGCAGAGCUCUACGGUGCUCUCCUCUGGGACCAGAACAUCCAUCUGUUCAUGGAGGCCGGCGAGGGAGGCUCGGUUCUGGAGAAACUGGACAGCUGUGGACCCAUGAGGGAGUUUGAGAUCAUCUGGGUCACCCAGCAGGUCCUCAGGGGCCUGGAAUAUCUGCACUCUCACAAUGUCAUCCACCACGACAUCAAACCCAGCAACAUCGUUCUGAUGUCAGACAAAGCGGUGCUGGUGGACUUUGGCCUGACGGUACAGAUGACAGAGGAGUUGUACACCCCUAGGGACCUGCGCGGCACAGAGAUGUAUAUGAGCCCGGAGGUGGUUCUGUGUCGAGGACACAACACCAAGACGGAUAUCUACAGUCUGGGCACCACCAUUAUCCACAUGCAAACUGGCAGCCCGCCCUGGGUCAGGAGAUACCCACGCAGGUCCUACCCAUCCUACCUCUACAUAAUCCACAAGCAGGCCCCUCCCCUGGAGGACAUAGCAGAGGACUGCAGCGGUGCCAUGAGGUCCUUCCUGGAGCGAGCCCUGGAGAGGAACCCUGCCCAGCGCAGCUCUGCAGCCGAGCUCCUGAGGGACGAGGCCAUCAACCCUCCCAGGGAGGAGCAGCCACGCUGCUGGAGCCUGGACUCAGCCCUGGUGGAGGCCUCCCACCCUCUGAGGCAGCACAGCCAGCAGCCUGACACCACACAGGAAUCGUCUCUGUACUCUGAGCCUGAGGACUCUGCCCACCUGAGGAGGAAGGGAUCACUGUACAUCGACCUGGGGGCAAUGACUGGGUACUAUAAUCUAGUAAGAGGCCCCCCUGCUACAGAGUAUGGCUAACCCUGAGCGUAACCCAAAGACACAUUUAGUAAGACCUCUGACAGAAAUUGGUCUGGUAAAGCUAUAACUGUAACCUUUAACCUUAGCCUGGUGCUAAGAUAAUGACUUUAUUAUCCCCAUGGGAACAUUUUGGUACGGGUGAACUGAUAGGUCAGAGACUCUCAGGAAGUUGAGUUUGGAACUCAUGAAGACUCAAUGGUGAAUGUGUGUCUGAUAUGUUUUGAAAGAGUCACCAGAAGGACAGAGGGUUGGGUAGAGCAGGUGAAAUGGACGCUGUAGCUAUCUUAGUUUGCCAUCUCUCAACAGUGCUGAGCCUCAUUGGUUAGAUGAGAUGUGUUAUUCAGUAACUCUGGGUUUCAUUGGUUAACAGUGGAAUCAGCAACAUCUUGUGAUGUGCUAUGGAGAUACAUGAUAUAUUAGCAUGUUUUACAAGUUUGUUUCUUGCUCUCUUAAAAAUAAAGGUGCAAGUUGGAACCAAAUCAGAUUCUAGAGAGUGAUGCCAUAGGGGAACCAUGUUAGGAUCUCUGAAGAACCAUAAAUGGGAUGGUUCUUUGAACAACCAUACCAAACCGGUGUAGGGUUUUAAGACUUAUUUGCAUAUUUCCCAGGGUGCCUUUCGAGUGAAUAUUAGAGUUAAAAGUACUACCCAUGACUGUUUGCUAGUGAUAAAGACAUGCUUGUUGCAUUCAUUCAUUUUAAGUCCUGUGGCUUCACCAAGAGAAAUCCUAAGUGAAUAUGUUGUCAUUAAAAUCUAAUUAUUUAAAACAAAAUAUAUUUCAUAAGGCCUUUUUUGAGUGCCUAGUUGUGGCCUGAAAUUCAUAGUUUACAGGCCACAAUAUGCUGGCUUUAUAAGUGAUGUGUAAUUCCUAUUGGAAUCCAGCCAGACUGGGGAUAUUAAAUGUUUGACAUUUUUAUUCACCCACAACCUGCCUUCAAAAUGACUGCCAGGGUUGGGGAGACUAAGAUACUCAUAUCUUAAACAUCUAAACUGGAACAACCAUUUCAGCAACGUGUGCAAUAAGUCCAAGUAACAGAUUGGAUUUGUUUACAAAAAUGUAUGUUAUUUAUAUUUGCGUAGCAUAAGAUUUAUGAAUCAAUCAAUGUGCAUGCAAAAACAUUUUAAAAAACAAUGUAAAAAAAAAUCUACCUGCACUAGGGCCUGCUGGGAAAUAGGAUAAUGAUGGGCGUGGUUUUGGUUCAACGCUGGUUAUUAACACCAACAAUGGGGUUCUUUUACACUACUGAGUGUUCAUUUACCUCUACAGUGUUAAUUUAACUUGAAUCAACACUAGAAAUGUUACACUGAAAAAUCAACACUGGCCAAUUUACUGUCUGCUAUGGAAGGGACACAUCUGCAGGCUUCAAUACAAUUCAAAAACCUUUUAGAAUUCCGAAGAACCAUCACGUUAAGAACCCCACAUUUAACUCAAAGGUUCUUUAUCGAGAAAGAGUUCCCCAAGGAACCUUCAAAGUUUAGGAAGAACCAUUUAAAAACCUUUAUUUCUUCUCAGCAUAAAGAAAUGUCUGCAUGUGUCUUAUGAUUGAGACAUUCUGUGUGUCAAUAUGAUUUCUGACAAUGUAUUUGCGGUUUGUACAAACCAUAUUGUCUGAAGUUCUUAAUGAACUUUUUGUUUGUUCCUGUGGAAUCUGAAUAUUAUAUUUUGAGUACUUGCUAUGCAAGUUACACCGUGUAGUACAUGUGUAAUCAAUGAUCUUUUACAUCCAUUUUACCUGUUGGGUUUGUGGUUUUCUAAUGAGAAAUGUCUAUAGCAUUUUGUAAAUUGACUUCAGUCUCUUACACGGUAUUUUGUCUCAAUAUGAAGUUGAAUUACUGAAUAACAUGUCAUAUAAUUCAUCUGAAUAAAAUGAAAAAGUCAA